CGAAGUUCAAUGCGUUCCCUUACUAUUUUGUAGGCGUGGUGUGCCCUACAGGCCCUGGAAAAGUCAGGAUACGGAGUACAAUAAUUGCAUAUGAGGUCAAGGUCUUCCCUAUUCUUGACUCCACGGUGAGGUUCCUCAGAAGCGGAUGGCUUGCGAAGUCAGAACUCCUGAUUCAGCAAACGUAACGAGCCCCCCCUCCACGCUCGCCAAUUCGCAUCCGACAAUUUUGAUCUUCAAUCUUCGCAAGCAAUGGUUUACAAAGGUCCUAGCCGAGGGUGUUAUACAUGUCGCAAGCGGCGGGUGAAGUGCGACGAGCAACGGCCGGAAUGCGGAAAUUGCAAGAAGCGCAAGUACGUAACUGAUGCUUCGUUGUACACGGGGCUUCAUCGUGUUAUUCACAUGUCGUUUUGCGGUGAGGUACAGUCUUCUGACAAGUUGCAGACAACAUUGUCCAGGCUACCGUGACCUGUUCGAUACACUGCACAAAGAUGAGACGCCAACAGUGGCGCAGAAUAAGAAGCCACCGAAAAAGAUCCCCAAGACCGAAGUAGUUGACUCACCCAUAUCUAUCAAGGACGACGUCGACUUGCGUCAAAUGAUCAAGGCCCCGUCGGUGCCGCCUACACCCACGGGGAAUGCGCUGAUCCUGAUUGAGCCGUCUCGAGAUGCUCAAGCAGAGUGUCUGGCAUACUUCUUUUCGAAUUAUGUCAAUAUUCCACGAGAUCCAAGCACAAACAUCUUCAUCGAACAUAUUCUUCCGCUGUACUUGAACGCGCCUGCCAACUCGGCCCUGGCACAAUCCGUCAAUGCUGUUGCGAUCAACAUCACGCAAAUGUGGAUGUCCAGAUAUACCGACUCAUACUUAGCCCGGCAAACCUAUGCCAAUGCUGUCGGUCUGUUAAAAACUGCUUUGGCGGACCCGGUGGAAUCCAAAAGUGACGAUACUCUCGCCGCAGUAUUCCUGCUCGACUUCUACGACUCCCUUAACAAACGAUUUGUUGGCUUUAUUGACAAUGGCACACACCAGCAAGGAGCUGUCGCGCUUCUGCGGCAUAGAGGCAAGGAAAAUUUCAAAACGCCGACUUCUCAACGCCUAUUCACAGCGCUAAGAAGCCGACAUAUCAGCUACUCGAUGCAAGCUGGCCAAAGGAUCGCAUUGAACGAAGAGCUUUUGGCUGAGGAGACCGCCGUUCUUCCCUCAGCCAAGCUUGACUUGAUCAACGCCGAACUUGCGGAUCUGCAUGUGCUGGCUUCUGAAGGUGCCAAAGCCAUGAACCUGACAUCAAUCGAAUUCUACAAGACAAUCAUCAGGAAAGCCUUGGCGAUCGACAAGAAGCUUGGGGCAUGGCGACAGUCUCUCCCCAAGUCCUGGCAGCCCGUGGCCGUACCGUCCUCGGAACUUCAUCCUUCGAUCCGAGCAGCUGGGGUCUACGGCGAUACAGUUGAUGUAUACUCAUCCCUGACCGUCUCACAUGUGAACAAUGCCUCUCGCAGUUCCCAAGUGGGCGCGCUCCGACUCAUGGCGCUUUGCAAACGAGAACUCGAAGCACUCGGUGUUGAUGUUGAUCCCAGAUUAGGCUCACACCUCACGACCCGUGCUCAGGAGGUCAUAGACCGCUUCUGCGCCUCCGUACCGUACCACCUCGGCAAUCGAACGACCCUGCGGUUUCCACACGAGCACAGCGAGUAUCCCCAUGUACCCGAGGAGCUUCGCAAAUUGGCCAACUAUGUCGAUCCUUUUGGCAACCCAGUCGAGAUGACUCAAGAAGAUCACAUCCGCGCCGCCGCCGCAAUAGGUGGGUGGUUUGUCAUGACACCCCUUACCGGGUUCCUGAAGUCGCCUAUCUUGAGAGGGCCUCCUGCUAAACCGGGGCCGCUCGUGAGCAGUAUACGUCCUGGACAACUAGACUGGAUCAGAGGGCAGAUGCAACGACUGCAGAAUAUUUAUGGACUACCCACGGCGGCGGCGUAUUAUACAGGACCAUCUACAGAUGUGCGGCUAUCUUCACCCGACGAUGUCUAUCCCAAGGUACUGAAUAGGCAACUCUGGCAAGUGUGAGAGCAACAUGCAAAGAAUCAUCACUAUACGAUCCUAGGUCGUGAAUUAUCUGGGCUUCGUAGGACACCUCGGGAUUGUUUACGAAGUUUUGCUACAGUGAACCUAUCAAGAUACUGGAACUUCAGAUUUCGAUUUGAUUCAUCUGGUCGAGAACUCCAUGAUUCCAAUGAGAAUGGUACGUCCAGGGGCCGUGGCUUGACUCACAACAACGAGCAAGAUGAAAUGGCUCUAACGGCAAUUGUCUGAAGACGAGGCUUCCAACCGUCAGCAGAGCAAAAAAGUGAUGUCUAAUGUCCCCGAGAUAUUCCAAUGUCCGAGUUAUCGACGAGAGAAAGGCUUCCAUGCGUAGUUUGUGCCCGAACAUACACGUCAGGGGCCAAGAGCAAUUGGGAAUUCCAAAUGAAACGAAAGUCAUGUCUUAUGACCAUGUUCACCCUUGCUGAAAGAAAGAAAUGCGCCGACGCACGUCAUAUCAGCAAACAAAAACUGGUCUUCCAAAACCAUGGAGGAGGGCCUUAUGUUUUAUGAAGCUUAAGAGAAAGAAGUACCGAGUCUUGACUUUGACGCACAAGUCCGAGUACAUCAGCGCUUCCGUUCCGAUCGAUCGUGGUGGCAUCAAUACUCGACCACUUUGCCACCUUUUACCUACCUAGCUGCUUUGAUCGUCCGAGGAUAUAGCUGGUGACUGACUGUACAGGGUGUAGUCACUUUUACAAAUAAGAUUCUGACCUGCAUAUAUGUGUAAAUGUUAUGGAGCUCGUAGGCUAUUACUACAACAAGCAAUGGUUGAUUAUCGAAAGUCGUGCUUGAAAGUCCUUAUGGUCUUAGCGGUGAUUGUACCAGUAGAGAUCGGCAGUUCAGACUAACAAGGCAAAUCGAAAGACUAUCCAAAUGCUUAGGACAGAAAUGAACGAGACGAAUACGCUCCAACUGGAUACGACUAAAGGGGUUCUGUUCAAGGGUUGGGGAUCCAAAGGCCGACAAAAAAACUCGACAGGGAGGGCCAACAGGGAAGGGA